UAUGGUUGGACAAUAAUUGCCAAAUACAAACGAAAGUGCUACAAUGUCCAAAUCCAAAAAGUUUUUGAAUCUAAACAAGGCUAUGGGGAAAAAAACCUAGACCAAACUAGGGGUAACCAGGUGGCAUUCUAUUAAGAAGAAAAUAGGCACACAAAAAUUCGGCUUGAUGAGGACUUGAACCUAGAUGGUCUGGGUAUACAUCCACACGCUGGACCAACUGAGCUAGCUCAGCUUCCUUUAGUUGUUUCCUCGAAGCUUGGAGGAGGCCAGGAGGGAGGAGAAGAGAGAGAGAGGGAUUAAUGGUAAACUAUUCUAGAAAAGCUAUAUAGUUUGACAGCAAAUGUUGCAGGAAGGUAUGUAGUUGUUCUUUUUACAAGUGCAAGUAUUAUCAAAUCGAUUGCUUGUGUGUUUUUGGGGACAGAGUUUAGCUGCCUGGCAAGUUGUAAUUUGGCUGUACAGUUUUUUGUUUGUUUUACCUUUAUUUUUCUAAUAAAUAUGGCAAAACUUUUGCCAUUCAUUAGGAAAAAGUAGUGUUAUCAAAUCAAUUGGGUCAUCUGUUUGCCAUGAAAGAAACGGAAAGAAAAGAAAAACUUAGUUCCAUCCAUCCAGCCCUCGUCUAUGCAGGCUUUUCUUGUGCAGUGUUGGAGAUGACCCUUGAUGCCUACUUCCAUUCGAUACUGAGAAUCUUCAUAUCAUAGUAAGUGCCCGGACCACUCAGACCACGUCCAUAUUUGCUGUGAUCCAGAUCUGGUCUGGAAUUUUGGGUUGCAAUGCCCCUUCUGGUCCAUCUGGGGAAAGGGCAGGGAACAAUGCCAAAAUAUGUGGUCACCACUCAUGCCAGUCAGUCACUUACCACCACUCACCAUUGUUGCAAUGCCCCUUCUCAAGCAUGUUUCAUUACUAAGGUCAACUUCUAUCAAAACAAAGGUUGAACCAUUUAGUUUGCUAAUCAGUGUCAGCGCACCUUGCAAGUUCCACCACACUGUGGAAGUGUGGAAUCUUGAGAUUCGAAUCUCGCUUAAGGCAAAGUCAUUUGGUCCAUUGGCUGGGUAGGAAUGGUGUAAUUGAUCUUUCAGAAAAAAACACUGGUGUAAUCAAUGCAUGACAACUAGAUUCAGCACUUAUAUCACACAUAUGAUACACAGUGCACAUAGAAUAUUAUAGGCAUUCUCCAAGAUAAGCCUUUGUCUUAUUUUUUUCUUGAACACUUAGGAGGAUUGUGUAUCAUUUCAUUAAUAGGUAGAAAAGGUGGUCUAGUUACAUUCUGAUUCCACGGCUUGGGUUACUUCUGUCAUUUCAUUAAUAGGUAGAAAAAACCUCCUGUCUUAUAUACUAUGAAUUACUUCUGUCAUCAUUUAUCCUAUGGUUACACUAAUACAUUUCAGUUUUGUUUGCUGAAAAUUAUAUUGGUUAAAAUUUGCAGUUAAAUGAGUAUCAGAUGUGCAUUAAAAUGUAUGGCAAAUCUUGUUAAGCUCAAUCGUUUACACUUUUUCUUUCAAUCAACUAUUUUUUGAAAAUAAAGCUGCAAUUGUGAAUUUAUGGCAAAUCUCUUUAAGCUCAAUCAUUUACACCUUUUCUGUAGUGCCUUUAAUUUCUUGGUUGGCAAAGAUCACGUGGUUGGUGCAGACAUAUGAAAUGCUAUUCUUGAAAUCCUCAUAACAGGUAGUUGUAACUUCUAAGUGCUAUUCUUUGUUUUCUCUUGCUAUUUUUAUGUUUUGGUUCUAGAGAACUCUUUUGUAAUGGUUGGAACCACCUUUUUUAAGUGCUGAUUGCUGCUCCUCUGCUGAAGCCUGACAUGUUGCGCUCAUAUAAGUGAUCAAUAGUUUCAACCUUUGACAUCCAUGAAUAAUGUGUGUACGAGCACAAGCACCUACAGUGUAGUCCAUUAUAAACAAUAAUGCUCUAGAAAAAUGUUCACACAUUCACUCAUACUAGUUUUCUCAAUACAGUGUGGAAACGCCAAGGUUCCACUGAGAUGGGAGCAUGAUGAAAGAACAAGUUUCUUUUUUGAGCACGUGCUGAGCACAUAUUUCAUUAAGGAAACAGAGUUUUUACAAUGACCAUAAGAAAACAAAAGAAAGAUAACCAACAGCUAUUACAAGCGACCUACAACCUCAAAGAUGACCAACGACACAAGACAAGGGACUAACCUUGCAACCUAGAAACAUAGACAAGAGAAAGUGUGCCUCACAACCAACCAUGAACCAUGUCCCCUUACUGAUUUUGUCUUCCCUUGUGGCUAAGCACAAAAUUACCAACAGUGCCAGGGGCAUAUAGCAUGGUUUUAUGAUUUGUUAUGAAGCUCGUUGAUUAGAAGUCUAACAGAACACAUGUAAUUAGUUGCAUGACUACUGGAAAACACUAUCACAGAUAGACAGCAAUCAAGGGUGGCAACUCUGGAAACAUUUACAUCAGAACAAAGCCUAGUGGAACAGCCAUGAUUAGAAAUCUGGGUACAGUUGAAAUCAUUUUGUGGACGAAGCACACAUGCGGAGAUAAAGAGAACUCAUCAUUGUGGAUUCAAUUAUCAGAAUGCAAUGGGCUUCCUGUACAUACGAAUGUGACUUAAGAAUAGGAGAGCCAAUCAUGUAGACCAGGAACUAGUAGGCACAGGCCCUUCUAGGACAUCCAUUCCUUUCAUGAAUCGGACUCAGCAUAAUUCUAUAGGACUAUAUAUAUGCCAGAUUGUAAGGCCAACUUAGAGCAGUCAAAUAUAUGUGAAACAUCCAAGAUCCAUCCAGAAUUGUGCUGCUUAUCUAGAUCUUGGAGCCUUGGAGGCACCAAUAUGAUGUGAUGGAAUCUCAGCAAUUCCCUCGAGGAGUUCACCCAAACACUUCAGAACCAGCCAUAGAGCCCAUGGCAAGACCCAAAAGGCCUGAUAUGAUGGAAUCUUGGCAGUUCCCUCAACAGCAAGGAGUUCACCCAAACACUUCAGAACCAGCCAUGGAGUUCAUGGCAAGUAAGUCAUACAUACCCAAAAGGGCAGAUUUUGCAGAGCUGGUGCUGCAAGGUCCAGAGCCUCCAAGCCUGUGGUAUGUUCUCAUUGGCAUGUUAAGAAAAACAGUUCAUUACCAAAGCGCAGAUAAGCAUUUCGCACUCUCUGUGUGUGCAAUGUCAAUUCUGCAUGGCCUGUUUCCAAUACUUGAAUGGUGGAAAAGCUACAGCCUGAAGUCCUUCCGUAGUGACCUCAUGGCUGGUCUCACUCUCGCGAGCCUUAGCAUUCCACAGAGCAUUGGAUAUGCAAAUCUUGCUAAACUGGAUCCUCAGUAUGGUCUUUAUACAAGUGUUGUGCCACCUCUUGUCUAUGCUGUAAUGGGGACCUCUAGGGAGAUAGCCAUUGGACCGGUUGCCAUUGUGUCACUCUUGCUUUCAUCAAUGGCUCAAAAGAUAGCUGACCCAGUCAUCGAUCCAGCUUUCUAUCGAAAAACGGUUUUCACUGUGACAUGCUUUACUGGUAUCUUCCAGUUUGCAUUUGGUCUUUUCAGGUUGGGAUUCCUUGUUGAUUUUCUCUCGCAUGCCGCAAUCACUGGAUUUAUGGGAGGAGCUGCCAUUGUUAUUGGACUGCAGCAGUUGAAGGGCCUACUGGGGCUUAGUCAUUUCACAAGUAGCACUGACGUUGUAUCUGUCAUCAGAGCAGUCUGGGUUUCUGUUCAUGAACCAUGGCAUCCCGAGAACUUCUACAUUGGAUGUUCUUUCUUCUUGUUCAUUCUCGGCAUGAGGUUCAUAGGUAGAAAGAAUAAGAAGCUUUUCUGGGUUUCAGCGAUUGCACCUGUGCUCUCAGUUGCAUUGUCUACUCUCAUGGUCUAUAUGACAAGAGCUGAUAAGCAUGGUGUAAAGAUCAUACAAAAAGUGGAUGCCGGCAUCAAUGCGAGCUCAAUCAAGCAGAUAAAUUUCAAUGGAUCCUAUGUUUCUGAAUGUGCAAAGAUAGCUCUUAUUUGUGCUGUUAUUGCUCUAACGGAAGCUAUCGCUGUUGGCCGCUCUUUUUCAGUCAUAAAUGGUUAUAAAUUGGAUGGAAAUAAGGAAAUGCUUGCAAUGGGCUUCAUGAAUGUAGCAGGAUCCAUGUCGUCUUGCUAUGUGGCAACUGGGUCUUUCUCCCGCACAGCUGUGAACUUCACCGCUGGCUGUAAGACAACAAUGUCAAAUGUUGUCAUGGCUGUCACUGUUAUGGUUGCCUUGGAGCUGCUCACCAAGCUCCUGUACUAUACGCCAGUGUCUAUACUUGCAUCAAUCAUUCUAUCAGCCCUCCCAGGGCUAAUCAAUUUCCAGGAAGUCUGCAUCCUUUGGAAAGUCGACAAAUUAGAUUUCCUCACAUGCAUGGGAUCCUUCCUUGGUGUUAUAUUCGGAUCAGUGGAGAUUGGGCUUUCAGUUGCAAUUGUUAUCUCCUUUGCGAAGAUUGUUGUGCACUCAGUCUGGCCUCAAGUCGAGAUCCUUGGUAGACUUCAGGGGACGAACAUAUUCUGCAACAUGGAACAGUAUCCAAUGGUUUGUCAAACACCUGCUGUUCUGGCCAUACGGAUCAGCACCUCGUUCCUUUGCUUCAUCAACGGCAAUUCCAUCAGAGAGAAGAUUACUGGGUGGGUAAUCGAUAAGCGUGACGCAAUCUGCUUGGUCGUCCUUGACAUGUCAAAUGUUGUGAACAUCGACACAGCAGGACUUGCGGCGCUGGAAGAACUGCGCCAGGAGCUGGUGUCUUGUGGCAUACAGAUGGCCAUAGCUAGCCCUGGAUGGCAGGUGAUCCACAAGAUGAAACUAGCACGGCUCAUCAGCGGAAUUGAAGACUGGAUCUUUCUGACGGUUGGCGAAGCAGUAGAAGCCUGCCCGGCGAAUAAGAAGGGUAGUGACCUAGAAUGUUGAAUUCGCCAAGAAAGGGACCUCAUGUGGGCCCGUUUCUGAACUAGAGUAUAUGAGUGUGGUGUGGUAUAGAUUUCUAUGUACUCUGUCCAGGGCAGUGCAGCUCUGCGACAUCUGUCAAAGGCACCUGGAGCAGGCAGAACAGAAGCAUGAUGCGUUCUGCAUAGAAUAAGGCUAUGUGUGCAAUGAUGUGUGUGCGAAUUUUCGCAUGUCAUCAUGAUGCGAGAUGCGUGCGUGCGUUUGUUUGUGAUUACUGAUUAGAUGCGUGCGUUCUGCGACAUCUGAUCAGCGUGCGUUUGCGAACACAUGCGAAGUGUCGCUUUGUGAUUAUAUGCGUGUAUGUAUAUGCAAUAUAUAUAUAUAUAUAUAUAAUGAUUGGAAUUUGGAA